AUGGCAAUGAAGGUUCAACUACAAACUCUAACAAAAGGGUAUCUUUCUAUGCUUGAAUAUAUUGAGCACAAACACUCCAUUGCUGACUCUCUUGCUGAAAAUCUUCAUCCAAUUUCCGAUGAGGAUCUUAUUGGUUAUAUUUUAAGCGGCCUUGAUUCCUCUUAUAGUGCUUUCUCAACUGCUUUCAUGAUGAAGUCUGAUGAUGUCUUUGUUGAUGAUCUUGCUGGCCUUCUUCUUCAAGAGGAGGCUCGCUUAGAGCAGGAACAUGUUCAUCAAGCUGUUGUUGUUUCACAGCCCACUAACCCAUCCCCACUUUUGUCUACUCCUGCUAUUUACACUACAAAUCGGUUCUCAAACCGGUCCUCUUCCACCAACAAUCCAAACAACAGUUCUAGUUCUUUUCCUAGGCGUAACAUUGACAACCCUCGUCGUCAUCCUAUUUGUCAACUGUGUAGUAAACCUGGACAUGAGGCUAAUAAUUAUUGGUAG